AUGAGUAGUGAAAUGGCAGGGCGAGGCGAUGAAAGAAAUCUUAUCUUAGCAUUCAUCAAUGCAUUGUUUCCAACUGACUUAUUGUUUACACAGAUAUUCAGGAUGAAAGACAGAAUAACGAUGGCGGACCUACGCGAAUACCAGGAAGAGUAUAUCGCUCUUGAAGAAAAGCAGAGAGAUAUGGAGUCCUACCCGGUUGCAAUCACGAGCGAAAAGAUAGGAAAUGCAAGUCUAUUACCAAGGAUGGCGAAAAUUGCGAGCACUUCUCAGGGAAGCAAAGAGAAAUUAAUUGUAGAAUACCAACAAAAGCAGGUAUCCAUGAGUAGCAGAUACCAAGAAAUGUAUGAGCAAGAAUAUAAAGAGAGGAAAUACAGUAAUCAUGGAGGAAACAACAAAGUCGCAAGUUACGACAAUCAUGGAGAUGGAUAUGGAGGAAAUAGGAGGUAUUACAAUCAAGGCGCGAACUACAGAGUCUGUGCAGAGAUCAGGAUGCCACCUCUUAACACAACAGUGGAUAAAGUCUGGGAAGUUGUUAUAUUAAUGAAGGAUAUAGCACCACCACCUAAUCUAGGGAAAGAACCACCGUCUGGAAAAAGAAGUAAAGAAUUAUGUGCUUAUCAUCGUUUCCAUGUCCACACAACGAGUAACUGUAAGAAAAUACAACGAAUCAUAUUAAGAAUGAUUGUACAAGGAAAGAUUAACCACUUACUAGCUACACCACUACCUCCUCCACCACCACCGCAACCAACAACAGGUAGACAGAUGUAA